AGCGCCAUCUGUUGAUUGAUAUUGCACAGCUUUCUGCUAGAACUUUAUUUUAGGUACUGAGCUGGGCCAGUGAAAAUAUGUCUUUCCUCUCCCGUUUCAUCAGACCCUGUGUGCACCAUGCCCAGAGGUCUUCGGCAGCAUCACAUCUGUCCAGGAAUGGUGCCCCAGCUAGCCAGACCCUCUCCAGGCUGUUUAGCAGUGACGCUGGACUGGUCAAGGUAGACAAAGAGCAAGGAUAUGCUGUCCUACACAUGAACCGUCCUCCAGUCAACAGUCUGAACACAGAAUUCCUCCAAGAACUGACAGCUAAUAUCGAAGAGCUCGAGAGUGACAGGCAUAUGCAGGGUCUUAUCAUUACAUCAGCAUGUCCAAAGAUCUUCUCGGCGGGACUGGACAUAACUGAGAUGUACCAGAAAAGUCCAGAAUCGACGGACCGCUUCUGGCGUAGCCUCCAAGACUUCUGGCUGACCCUCUACGACAGCAGGCUGGCUACAGUGGCUGCAGUUACGGGUCAUUCCCCUGCAGGAGGAUGCGCAAUAGCUAUGUCAUGUGACCACCGGAUAAUGGCUGAAGGGCCUUUCACCAUGGGCCUCAACGAAGUCAACUUGGGUAUUGUGGCACCGUUUUGGUUCAAAGAUACAAUGCAGAAUACGAUUGGCCAGAGGGAAACAGAGAGGGCGUUAGGGCUAGGUCUUUUGUACAAGCCUGAUGAAGCCCUGAAUGUUGGUCUGAUCGAUCAAGUAGUACCUCUUGAGAACGUUGUUGACCAGGCCAGAGAGGAGAUACAGAAAUGGAUCAAAAUACCAGGUGUAGCGAGGAUGGCUUCUAAACGUAUGAUCCGUGAGUCCACCCUCACCAAACUCAGAGACAUCAGAGAGGACGACAUCAACAUGUUCACCAACUUCAUUCAGAUGGAAGCCGUCCAAAAGCAUCUAGGGAGUUACAUGGAAAAGCUCAAGAAAAAAUAGAUUAUAAUUGUGUCCAAUUUCGAUAUUUGGUAAUUUACGUUGGUCCUCAGAUCAAAUCUUGGCUUUUUAUUUGUAUAUGUUAUUCAAAUUUGUUAACUUUAUUUGUCAUGAGAAAUCAUGAUGCUUAAAUUAUUUAAAGUUGAGCAGCAAGCAUUCCUUACCGGUACACAUUGAUAUAUCCAUUAAAGGUAUUGUAUAUCGGGAAGCACAUGAUACUGGAAGCACCCUAUGAAUGUUAUGAAUUUUAUGAAUUAUCCACCCAUAAGCCAUAUUAUCACGAUAUAAAAAAAUAUUCAAAAAUUCUUUCUUGAUGUUUUGUUAACACAAAUACAAAUGGGAUUACAUGAUUUCCUUUAUGAUCAACUUUUAAUAAUUCAGAAAAGUUCUGUCACGCUAUAGCCACUUUGUUCGGUGCCAUAUUCUAUGUCAUCAGGGACAUUGUUCUGUUACAUUUCUUCAAUUUGUGGGAGAAUUACAUCAAAAACUGAUUGAUUUACAUUUUUGUAUUGAUUAUGAUUGAUAGGUUACAUGGGCAUUACUUUUAUGGUUCAUAUUACACCUUUCUGUCUGUUUGGAGCCUAAAAGGCAUUAAAUCAUGUGUUUUUACUCAGAGUUAAUGCCCUUCUGGCUCUCAACAGACAAUAUAUCAUUGGUAUGGACCCAGAAGGGUGUUAACUCUUGUGACACACAGGUAAUGCCUUACUGGCUCUCUUAAGAUGAUAUGUCUGUGUUAUUUGCCGUUAGUCAUGGUUGAGAGUGAUAGCAGGGUUUCGCAUUAUUUUUCAUGUUUGGUUUAUGAACCUGAAAACGCUGUGUGAUGAAUUUUAUAUUCCCACAAUUUCAAAAUUUCCUGUCUUCAUUAAAUUAUGAAAUUAAGAAGAAGAAGAACAAAAAAGGGUGACUAGUUUCUUCUACAAAAUGAACAUUGCAAAUUCCUGACCAAUAAGGUGCCCACUAAGGAUACAGAUGCAAAAUUUGCUUAAUUAACUUAAUAAGUUUUCUUCAGAGUCCCUAGGUACCUAUGACUUUCCUCUCUUUACAUGAACUUUUGUGUCUGCAUAAACGAAAGGGAAAGCUGAUAGCAUGAGGUGACACUCCCUCGCAAAGAUGAUUUCACAUGAGAGCUUAUGUCCUCUGGCUGAAUAUCAAUUUUCCAGUUUCUAAAUUUUGUAAGCGAGCUAUUAAAGCAAGUAAGCAAAAGUGUUGACACCUAAUUACAGGGAAAUGAUUUUUCAUCUAGAAAUAUGAAAUUAUAUGUUAACUACAAUAAGACUACAUGACUGUCCUUGGAUGCACAAAUAUUGGUAAUUCCAGAAGCGGUGGAAAAAUACUUCUGAAACAUCUGUUUUUUUGUUCCUUUAAUUCAAACGUGGGCUAUGACUGUGAGAGCUGAUUUUUGGAGGUUGAUUAUGAUAUAAUGUAUCUUAUAUGACUCCAAACCUAUGACAAUUUAAUAAAGAGAUUUAUUGCAAAGCAAA